AUGACUUACCUUCAGAAUACAGCGGUCUAUGCCAAGCUCCCGGAGGAUAUUUCGGACCGAUGGGUGCUACUCUUAGACCCUAUGCUAGCCACAGGUGGCUCAGCCAUUCAAGCUAUGCAGGUCCUGGUCGACCAUGGCGUGCAGCCGAGCAAAAUCCUCUUUCUCAACAUGAUUGCGAGUCCCGAGGGGCUCCAGAAUGUUUGGAAAGCGUUCCCAGAUGUACGAGUAAUUUCUGCUUGGGUUGAUGCCAAGCUUUCAGACCGAUGUUACAUUCUUCCAGGUCUGGGCGACUAUGGUGACAGGUACUAUAGUGGUUGA